AUGCAAGACCUAGCUGGAAAACAGGCGACAGCAACAUGGGUAGUGGUUGGUGCUUCUCGAGGCAUUGGCCUUGAGUUUGUCAAACAGCUGCUCGAGGCCGGACACCAUGUGAUUGGCACAGCCCGCAAUCCAGGCGCUGGCGAAUUACCGAAAGUUGCUGAAGCUCAAGAUGAUCCCAAGAGGUGCAUAGUAGAGCAGUGUGAUGUUUCCAGUAGUGAGAGUAUCGAUAACUUUGCGGCCACAAUGAAGGUAAUGGUGGAGAGUGGUAUCAAACUCGAUGGCAUCAUCUUGAAUGCCGGCGUCCUCCAAUACCCGAAUCGAGCAACCGAACUAACAUACGAAGAUUUCUCAUUUCAUUUGACAACCAACGUCAUCGGACCCAUUAUAUGCGCGCAGAAACUCAUAAACUUGGAUCCAGAGCACCCUCCCCCAAAAGUAGUUUUCAUCUCAUCCGACUCAGGAUCGACCACCAAUUUCCUCGGCCAUGAAGAUGGCUUUGCAGCAUACGCAGCGAGCAAGGCUGCUCUGAACCAAACACUGAGACAUAUGGCGUUGGAGUUGAAAAGACGCGGCGGCAAAUGGUCUGAGAUAUGUGUUCUGGCUCUUCACCCGGGCGAGGUCCACACGGAUAUGAACUCAGGCUCGGUUGACUGGGAUGUGGGAACUCUACUGGAGCCGAACGAGAGCGUCAAAGGUAUGCUUCAGGUCAUUGGGGACAAGAACCACGAUGACAGUGGCUCGUUUUGGUGUUGGGAUGGCAGGAAUUAUCCCUGGUAA